AUGCCCGACAAAGACGCCGGAACGCCCCGUGUUUUCCUCUACCGCCAUGGAGAGACCGAAUGGUCCAAAAGCGGCCGCUACACCGGCAUCAGCGAAAUUCAGCUAACUGACGACGGAGUGAAGCAAGUGACCGCUUCCGGCAAGAUCCUCGUAGGAGCUGGUAAGCUUAUUGACACAGCUAAACUGGCUCGUGUGUAUGUGUCUCCGCGCCAAAGGGCAAAGCACACCUUUGACUUGGCCUUCGGGGAGACCGAGAAGCAGGGUCUGAAGGAAGCUGGCAAGGUGGAGGAGACGGAAAGGCUGGCAGAGUGGGGUUAUGGCUUGUAUGAGGGGAUGUUGACCAAGGAGAUUCGCGCGCUGAGGAAGGAGCAUGGCCUCGAUGGUGAUAGGGCGUGGGAUAUCUGGAGGGAUGGAUGUGAGGAGGGAGAAUCACCUGAGGAUGUUACGGUCCGAAUUGAUAGCCUGAUCGAAGAGAUCAGAGCUCUUCAUCGGGGAAACAUGCACGGAGAGGCGCCCUCCGAUGUUGUCCUCAUUGCGCAUGGCCAUACGCUCCGGGCGUUUACCAAGCGCUGGUUGGGCUAUCCAAUGGAGUUUCCGUUGUCCAUGAUGCUGGAACCUGGUGCUGUGGGAGUACUUAGCUACCAGCACCACAGCAUUGAUGAACCUGCUUUCCUGGUUGGAUACGGAUUUCCCUUGGAGAAAUGA